GAUUAUAUGCUUGUGUAGUGUGGUAUUUCAUGAAAUGAACUUAAGAAAACUUGUUUCAUUGGUUUAAUUUGGAGGCCUGAUUUACAUUUGUGGGGUGUGGUUUUCAAAUUGCCUUUACUUGUAGUGGUUUUAACAAGUAAUGGUAUGUGGUAACAUGCAAUGUUGCUUGCUACACUCAUAUAGAAAUGCCAAUUUUCACUGGCUGGUAGUUUGUGUUUUUGUUAUUCUGUCAUUAAAAUCGAUGACACUAAGGAGAUAACUGAACAUGCUAGAGUUGUAAUGGAAAAACCAGAUAUUGAAAUUCAGCAACUCAGUUUUUUUGAUUUUGAACAAGGUCAAAUAGUUGAAAGUGGAGCUUUGUAAACUUCUAAACCUCAUGUAUGAGUAAAGCAAAUAGAUGAAAGUAACCCAAUCAUAUUGUAGGGGUGUCGGACAUGCAAUUUUAAGAAAAUAGUAGGUUCUCAUUGAUUGAAGAAAACAAUUUUAAUUUCUGUUUUCUGUUAUUCUUUUCACUAAUACUACAAAAAUGCUACUUUUUUUUUCCCACUGAGUUUCAUGUUAGCAAACUGUAUGGAAAAGGGUGAGAUUUUGUUGUUGUUGUUGUUUCAUUGAUUGUACAUAUUUUUUGGAAAUAGGAAAUAAACUUAAAACAGGACAUUUUUUUUAUAAUUAUUAAUGAAAAUGGGAAAUGAACUCAAUAUUUUCUCAAACCAAACAGACUCUUAUAUCAUUAAAAACUGCAUUUGUGAGGUUAAUUACCCCUCUACCCUAAAUGGAAAUCCCGAAAUACCACAUCUCCAAGCAUUUGUCAUGUGGCCUUGAUUCAUUGAUUGUCUUUGUUGCAGUAAAAUUCAAGUGGAUAGUUAUCAUGGAGUCUUUUUAACUGCAUUGUAGUCAAGAAUUUAUUCAUGAUUUGUAAAAGAUGUGAUUAUGGUUGAUGUUUUUAUGAACAUUGGUACUGAUAUAUGUAGCAGGUUAUGUAAUGUAAUUUGUGUAUUUAUAAAAUUAUGCUGAUUAACGCAUUUUUUUCCCAACAGUGCCAUAAAUUUAUAUCGUUAUAUAGGGGCCACAUAGGUAAAAACUUGUUACCUCAGUUCUUACUGAUGUUCAUAUCCUUCAUAUGUUUUCUCAAUGUGACAGAUGAACUGAUUCUGAAUAUAUAUAACUCAAGUUUUAAAAUUCAAGCCAACAUGAAUCCUGUAAUACCAUGCUCUAUUGGUAAUGUUUCAAUUAUUCCUGGAUUCACCUAUUCAGCAAGGAAGAAUAACACUAUAACAAGACUCAACUUGUCACGGGGCACUGUAAAACCUGGAUCAUCAUCUUGGAGAUUUCUUUUACCUUCAUUUGUUGCCAGCAGAACGUUUCCUCAAAACAAAAGCAUCGGCUCUUUUCAUAAGAAGUCCAGAACCUCCAUAUCUGCCACAGAAACAGAUGUAGCAGUGGAGGAACCAGGUCCACCUGUUGCAGAUGAAGAUUCUGGUGAAAUUUCUUCAAAUGAAAUUGGAAUAAGUGAAGAUUCAUCUUCUAAGUCUGAUGCCAACCCUGAUACAGCUAAAGCCAAGCGUUCAAGACCUGCAAGGAAAAGUGAGAUGCCUCCGGUAAAGAAUGAGGAUUUGAUUCCUGGGGCAAGUUUUACUGGGAAAGUAAAAUCUAUCCAGCCAUUUGGUGCCUUUGUUGAUUUUGGUGCCUUCACAGAUGGCCUUGUUCAUAUUUCAAUGUUGAGUGAUAGCUAUGUUAAAGACAUUGCAAGUGUUGUUUCUGUAGGCCAAGAAGUUAAGGUGAAACUGAUUGAAGUGAAUAAUGAAACUCGGCGCAUUUCUCUCUCUAUGCGUGAAAAUGCUGACACUGGUAAUCAACGAAAAGAUGCACCUGCCAAGACCGAGAAAGCUGGAUCUGGGAAGAGGAGCAAUUCAAAACCCAGUUCAAGGAAAGAUAAUGUGAUGAAAAGCACAAAACUUGUCAUAGGGCAGCUACUGGUUGGUUCAGUGAAGAAUCUGGCUCGGAGUGGUGCUUUUAUAUCUCUUCCUGAAGGGGAGGAAGGAUUUCUACCAAUAUCCGAGGAACCUGAUGAUGGAUUUGAUAAUGUUAUGGGAAACACUAGGUUGGAGGUUGGUCAAGAAGUUAAUGUACGUGUUUUGCGUAUCAAUAGAGGACAAGUAACAUUGACUAUGAAGACGGAGGAAGAUGCUACAGAUUCGAGUACAACAUUUAACCAAGGAGUUGUCCAUACUGCAACAAACCCUUUUGUGUUGGCUUUUCGUAAGAACAAGGAUAUUUCUUCUUUUUUGGAUGAGAGGGAGAAACCUCAGAGUGAAGUUCAAAAGCCAUUACCUGGAACAACUUUGGAAGAAAUUAAGGAAACUGUCAAGCAAGGGGAAACUGUUCCUGACGUACAGGGUGAACCAGUAAGCAGCAAGUUGACAGACGAUGUUCCCCCUGUAGUCAAACAAAAUGCUGAAGGUGAUAUUUCUGCUAUUGAAACCAGUUCAACGAUUGGCUCUGCAACAGCUAUUGUGGAUGAUGAAAGUAACCAAGUUAGCAAUGUUUCUAGCCCAACAACAGGUGUAGAUACUCCCUUGGAGAAGGAAGAAGAGGCAGUUUCUGGAAGUUUGACUCCUGAAGAGGAUACACCUACUGUAAAUCCAACAAUUGAGGAAGCUAUUCAGACAGAGGUCACAACAAACGAUUUGCAAACUGACUCACCUGUUGAAACAGCUACCGAGAACGUAAUAGAAAGUGGAGUUGACGUAAUUGUCACAGAAGAUGAGAAACAAUCACAAGUUCCUGAUGCAGUGGAAGAAUUUGCAGCUGCAGUACUAACUGAUACUGAUGCAGUUGGACCUAGCCCUGAUGAAAAUGGUACUAUUACUGAAUCAGAUAUUGCAUCGAGUGCCCCAGCCCUGCAAGAAACUUCAGCAACUGAUGACGUUGGAGCAGUUCCUGAGAUCAAUGAUGGUGACACUAGUUUGAGUGGCGAGUUGUCUCCUGAGGGAAGCUUGAAUAAAGAUGAAACAGAAGAAAAUGAUCAAGUUCCUUCUCCAGAAAGUUCUGCCACUGAAGUAGUAAAAACUUCCACUGAUAACCCUGAAGAAGAAUUGACCAAGCAGACUCCUGUCACAGAGAAUGAAAAUUUGUUUACCUCACAAGUUGAAGAGAAAGAGAUUGCGGUUGUAUCUGAGAAAAAUAUCAGUUUAUCUAAUUCUGAUGGACAAGCUGUCGCUACUUCAGGGGAAGGCUCAAGUAAAGCAACUAUAUCUCCCGCACUCGUGAAGCAACUUCGGGAAGAAACAGGAGCUGGAAUGAUGGACUGCAAAAAAGCUCUGUCAGAGACUGGUGGAGAUAUUAUUAAAGCACAAGAGUACCUAAGGAAAAAAGGCUUAUCGAGUGCAGAAAAGAAAGCAAGCAGGGUAACUGCUGAAGGAAGGAUAGGUUCUUACAUCCAUGACAACAGGAUAGGUGUUUUGGUAGAAGUAAACUGUGAGACAGAUUUUGUCUCCCGAGGUGAAAUUUUUAAAGAUCUUGUUGAUGAUAUAGCCAUGCAAGUGGCUGCAUGCCCUCAAGUAGAGUAUCUUGUUACUGAAGACGUUCCUGAGGAAAUCGUUAAGAAAGAAAAAGAGAUAGAAAUGCAGAAAGAAGAUCUUUUGUCAAAACCAGAGCAAAUAAGAUCAAAGAUUGUUGAAGGGAGGAUAAAUAAAAGACUAGAGGAGCUGGCAUUGCUUGAGCAGCCCUACAUUAAGAAUGAUAAGGUAGCAGUAAAGGACUUGGUCAAGCAAACUAUUGCUACUAUUGGAGAAAAUAUUAAAGUUAAGAGGUUUGUGCGAUUCAACCUUGGAGAGGGUUUAGAGAAGAAAAGUCAGGAUUUUGCUGCUGAAGUAGCUGCACAAACUGCAGCAAAACCCACACCUACACCAGCACCUACACCAGCAGACGAGCAACCUGCUGUUGCAGAAGCCAAGGAGACAGAGCCAACGAAACCAACAGUAGCAGUCUCAGCCUCAUUGGUUAAGCAAUUGAGGGAAGAAACUGGAGCAGGGAUGAUGGACUGCAAGAAAGCUCUAGCUGAAACUGGAGGGGAUCUUGAAAAGGCCCAAGAAUACCUGAGAAAAAAGGGUCUUUCCUCUGCCGACAAGAAAUCGAGCCGGCUAGCAGCAGAAGGCAGAAUUGGUUCAUACAUUCACGAUUCACGCAUUGGCGUUCUCAUUGAGGUGAACUGCGAAACUGAUUUUGUAGGUAGAGGUGAGAAAUUCAAGGAAUUGGUUGAUGAUCUUGCAAUGCAAGUGGUGGCCAGCCCACAGGUGCAGUUUGUAUCCAUUGAAGAUGUUCCGGAGACUAUUGUGAACAAAGAAAAGGAACUUGAAAGACAGAGAGAGGACCUUCUUUCAAAACCAGAGAACAUCAGAGAAAAAAUUGUUGAGGGAAGGGUCUCUAAGAGGCUCGGGGAGCUUGCACUUUUAGAGCAGCCUUUUAUCAAGGAUGACAGUGUUUUAGUGAAAGACUUGGUGAAGCAAACUGUGGCUGCACUAGGAGAAAACAUCAAAGUGCGGCGAUUUGUUCGGUUUACCCUUGGAGAAACCACUGAAAAAGAAACAGCAGUAGCAGCAUAACUUUAGCAGAAGUUCCAUCAAGCAUGAAUAGUACUGGGGAAUCCACAUGCAUGUUAUAGAAGCAUAUGGAAGAUUAUGGGACAGGGAGGGACCAUUGUUGGAAACAGCAACUUAUUCUUCAUCUUAAUAACCAAAUGUGCAAUCGGCAGGGACUUAUUUUCUAAAUCUGUAUCUACAUUGAGGAUACACGAGGACUAAAUUUUGUGUUAAUUCUCUACAGUUUGUAUGCUGAAAAAUAUUAGUGGAUGCAUUUUUGAGUUACAAGUUUUGUAAGUUUCGAAUUACUGAAUUCAUCAAUUCUUGACUCGUUACUUCCCAUAAACAAUCAAUCUGAAACUACAUGGUAUAAGUUGAA